AUGAGCGCGCCCAAGCGACAGAAGGUCCAGGACGACGACGCGCAUCCGUUUGGCUUUCCAUUUCCACCCUACUCGAUCCAAGAGAGCCUCAUGAAGGAGCUCUACGAGACCAUCGACGAGCGCAAGAUUGGCAUCUUCGAGUCGCCCACGGGCACGGGCAAGUCGCUGAGUUUGAUCUGCGGCACGCUGACGUGGCUCGAGCACAACACCGACAGCCGCGGUGUUUUGAUCGAGAAGGACGCGGCUAUCAAUGACUCGGACGAACCCGCGUGGCUGCGGGCGUACGCGACUCCGUCGGCCGGGGCCGCGCACCAAGCCGAGCUCAAGGCGCUUUGCACCAAGCUCGACGAGAUCCGCGCCAACCCGACGCACGCACGCAUGAAAGACUUGCGGCUCAUGCACGGCGGUCGGGACGCGCCUCGCGGCCGCAAGCCACCGGCAGCUGCAACGCUCGAGACGGACGAGAAUUACAUUGUGCCAGAGUACCUUAGCGACAAGGAGACGGGUGGCCGCGACAACAGCGACGACGAGGUCGACGACGAGGACGCUGGCCGCGGCUUUGACGAGCCUGUCGACUAUGGCAUCGUGCAGAUCUUUUACUGCAGUCGGACGCACUCGCAGCUGAGCCAGUUUAUGCACGAGAUCAAAAAGACCAAGUUUGGCGCGUCACUCCGGACGCUAACACUCGGUGCUCGCAAGUCGCUGUGCAUUCACCCGGACGUCCGCAAGCUCAAGACGGACGCAGCGAUGAACGACAAGUGCCUCGACUUGAUCCAGUCGACGUCGACGAAGAAGAAGGCACCGGGGUGUCCGUACAACAAAAAAUCCUUGCAGCGGUACUUUCGCCAGCACGCUUUGGCGCAAGUCCAGGACAUUGAAGAGCUCCACGCACUCGGUGACCAGCUCUCGGCGUGUGCCUACUACGGCGCGCGGUCAGCGCUCUCGGCGGCGCAGGUGAUUGCGAUGCCCUACUCGAUGCUGCUGAGCAAGGCGACGCGCGAGUCGCUGGGCAUUCGCCUCAAGGACAGUAUCGUCAUCUUUGACGAAGCGCACAACAUUGCCGACGCCGUCAACGCCACGUACGCAGUGCUCGUCUCGAGCCAGCAGGUACGCUCCAUCCACGAUCGAGGCGCUGCCGUGCGUAGAUACGAAGGGCGACUGAAGGGCCGGAACGUCUACUACAUCAAACAACUUUUGAACGUGCUGCAGAGCUGCCACAAGUUUCUCACCGCCAAAGCCAAAGCCAAGGAGUCGACGACGACGGUCUGGACAAUCACGGACUUUCUCUUUGAGACCAAGCUCGACAACAUCAAUCUGUUCAAGCUCCACCAGUACCUCGAGCGCAGCCAGCUCUCUCAAAAGGUAGGACCCGCAACGCUCUCGUGCGAGGACCAACCCGUUGAUGUAGCUCCUUGGGUUCCUAUCGAGCGAGUACUCGGAGGACGGCGAGCGUCUCCAGGAGGCGACGACGGUCGGCGCGACGUCCACGCACAUUUCGCCACUCCGAUCAAUCCAGUCGUUCAUGCUGGCGCUUACGACCGCGUCGACAAACGGCCGGCUCCUGCUACACUACCAAGAGGGUGGCGACGGCAAGAUGCCAUGCCUCAAAUUCCUCCUCCUCAACCCCGCGUUGCACUUCUCGGACGUCCUAUCGGAAGCGCGGUCGGUGAUCCUUGCUGGCGGCACGAUGCAGCCCAUCGACCAAGUGCUGCACCAGCUCCUCCUCGGGUCGUCGCCCGACCGGCUCAAGGUCUUUCGUGCGGGCACAUCAUCCCGCCCUCCCACUUGACGGGCGUGGCGCUGAGUGUCGGGCCGACCAACCAAGAACUGGAUUUUACCUACCAGAAACGCAACCUACCGCAGACGAUGGACGAAGUCGGGCGCAUUCUGCUCAACCUCGUGCGCAUCGUGCCGGCGGGCGUCGUCUGCUUCUUUCCUUCGUAUGCGUACGAGCAGCAGAUUGUGGGCCACUGGACCGCCAACGGCCAAUUGGCGGCGCUCGAGCAAAAGAAGCGCAUUUUCCGCGAGCCCAAGUCGGCCGCCGACGUGGACGGCGUCUUGACUGCGUACGCAGCGGCCUGCCACGACGCGGGUACCUCGAUUUCUGAAUUGUGUGUAGGUGGCUUGCUCUUUAGCGUCGUGGGUGGCAAGAUGUCGGAGGGCAUCAACUUUAGCGACGACUUGGCUCGCUGCGUCGUCAUGGUCGGGCUCCCGUACCCUAACCCGCACGACGCCGAGCUUUUGGAGCAAAUGAAGUACAUGGAAGCGUCCGGCGCCAAACUCACGUCCCACGAGUUUUACUCCAACAUGUGCAUGAAGGCCGUGAACCAGAGCAUUGGUCGUUCGAUUCGUCACCAAAAGGAUUACGCAAGCAUCGUGCUGCUCGAUCGGCGCUACAACACGCCGAUCAUCCGGUCGCGCUUGCCGCAGUGGAUUAACGACCGGACGCAGGCAUUCGCAUCGUUUGGGCCUGCGCUGCCGCACCUUGUGCGCUUCUUCAAGCAGCACGAAGCCUAGCCGCUCGAUAGUGUGUUGCAUCACAAAGAGACAAUAUUGUGCACAAUACACUAUUGACUAGAAUGCCCAAAACUACAAUUGUAUAUCGACAACAAUACAUUUCCAUCUUAGCCGUACA